AUGAUAGAACCGUUGAAGUCAAGUGACAUCACACAGCCGUCAUCUACCGUCACUCUCAAUGCAUCAACGAUCGCCGGACACGUAGCCGAGUACAUUGAAGGCAAACAACUUAAUGCUCACCAGCUCGUUGGGAUUGGCACUGAUGGCGCAGCAGUAAUGACCGAAAAAAAUAACGGUGUUGUGAAGAAACUCCAGGAAUUCGCAACUACUGCUAUCGGCAUUCACUGUUCCGCUCACCGCCUCCAACUUGCGUCGUGUCAAGCAGCUAACGCAGUUCCAUUUGUUAAGAAAUUCCACACAAUUCUACGGCAGUUGUACGACUACUAUGACAACAGUGCAGUACGUAUGGCUGGCCUGCAUGCAGUUCAAACAGCACUAGGAGAAAAAGUUUUGAAGCCCAUCCAACCGUCUUCAACUCGGUGGCUAAGUAUCGAGAUGUCGACAACUAGACUGAAAGAAAGCUAUGUCAGUAUCCUGGUCAGUUUGGAACGAGAGGGAGAAGAACGUGGUGACGUGAAAGCUGUCGGUUUUUUUCACCUCUUAUCCAGUUACCGAUUUAUUGCAACAAUGUUGCUGUUGUGUGAUUUGCUGCCCCACGUCAGUCGUCUUUCCAAAGCGUUCCAGGCGCGGGAAUUCGAAUAUAGUCAACUAAAACCGCUGGUGACGUCCACGAUUUCUACUAUACAAAAGAUGAAGUCAGUAGAUGCGGACAAUUUACAGAAAUUGCCACAAUUCAUCACAAAUCUCGAGAAGUCUGACAUCGUAGUGAAAGAGCGCGCCGAUGAGAAAAAUAUUUGA